UCUGUCUGUCUGUGUGUGUGUGUGUGUGUGUGUGUGUGUGUGUGGGUGGAGAGAGUAUGACAGUCUCGUCUCUCAUUGGCUGAUCGUCUCCGUGCGGUGUAAUCUUCGGGUGUGUGUGUGUGUGUGUGUGUGUGCCGGAGCGGCGGAUGAUGGCGGAUGCUCGCGCGGAGCUGCAGGUGCAGAAGCUGCAGGAGCUCGUGAGGAGACUGGAGAAGCAGAACGAGCAGCUGAGGAGCUCCCGCUGCAUCCCGCCGGAUCCGUUCCCGUAUUUCCAGACGCGUUCCGCCGCCGAGGACGAGGACGAGGAUGAGGAGGACGGAGACGAGGACGAGGAUGAUGAAGAGGAGCCGCGCGCGCUCCUGGACGAGCUGACGCCGCUGGACCUGCAGAGCGCGAGUCCGAGCGGAGAGUCCGACGAGACCUGGCUCUACGUGUCUCCCAGGGCUCUCCUGCGGGCCGGCGCCGGGCCGGACUCGGGUCUGGACGCUCUGCGCUGGACCCGACACGUUCUAGAUCAGCCGCGACACUCGCUCGGACAAAGACCGGAGUCCGUCAGUAGAUGGAGGUCAGGCUUCUCUUCUCCUGUUUUUCCUCGUGCUCGUGUUGUUGGAGUUUCUCCUCUCUGUUCCUCCUCUUCCUCUAAACCCUGCGCUCCCCUUCCCAGCAGCACCUCGUGUGAGACCGCAGGUCGAGGCGUGAGACGCAGUGUGUUCUCUCAGCCGUCUCUGGACGGUGACGUGAGUGUCUCUGAAGCGGACGCUGAUGCUGUUUCUCUGAGUUAUAAGCUGCAGGACCUGAUGGAUGUCCAGGUGAUGGCCCGUCUGCAGGAGGAGAGUCUCCGUCAGGACUACGCCUCCACCUCCUCCUCGUCCGUCACCCGCCGCAGCUCCAGCUUCUCCUUCCAGUUCGGUCAGCGCGGAGACUCUCACCUGGACGAGGACGAGGACGAGGAGGAGGAGGAUGAAGACUACGGUCAGUUACCGCCGCCGCAGCCGCGUCUGAGUCGAGCCGGACCACUGCAGAGGAGCCUGCCGCAUUCACACACCUUCAGCAGCAUCAGAGACUGGACGCAGACGCAGACGCAGACGCCCUGCAGAGACGCGCAGCUCGGCCUCCGGAGCAGCUCAGUUGAGAAUGAGAAUAAGCUGAGGAGGAGUAUGCCGAACCUGCUGGUGUCCUCGUCCCUGAGUCCGGUGUCGCCGGUGUCGCCGGGGUCGUCAGGGUCGUUGGGGUCGUCGGGGUCGGUGAGGAACAGCCAGAGCUUCGACUCGUCCGGGACUCUGACUCGUCUCCAGAGCUGCAUCCCGUCUCCGUCUCAGCUGCAGGGUCGUGUUCAGAGUGUGGGGAACUUCUCUUCUCGUCAGACGCUCAAAGCCACGGCGUACGUCAGUCCCACGAUCAAGGGCCCGGCGCCCAUCACCUCCUCGGUCAGUUUACAGAGUCUGUCGGUCAGCGGGAUCCCUAAAGCGUCUCGCAGCGGUCUGCCGCGGCCCUCGUCCUUCAUCGGCCCCGGGCCGGGCCCUCGGGGCAAAGCCACGGCUCCGGUGCGCAGUUUGCUGCCUCCUCCGAAGAGCCUGGCGACUCUGAGCGCUCUGAGGGACCGGAGCUGGAGAGACGGCUGUUACUGAAGAUUAGAGACGGGUCCCGAGGGUCCCGCUGGCCGGGGCCGCUCGCUUCUCACCAAGUGCUCUUGAGGAGGCUUCCAGAGCAAACGCAGCUCUGUAUGCAAACACGCCAGGAUCCGAGGGGUCACACAUGCUGCUAAAUCAGGGGCCCCGGGCCCCGCGCUGAAGCAAUCGGGCUGAAGAUAAACCACUGCAAACUACACUCUUAAAAACCGCUCUGGGUUCCACAGAGAAGCGUUCCAUGUCUUUAUAAUCUGAAGAACCUGCUUUUGACGCUAACGAGCUUUUGAGAAACAGAAAAGAUCUUCAGAUGUAAAAGGUGCUUUAUUUUGGCAUCUCUGUUUUUAAGAGUGUUUUUAUGAUUUUAAAAGUUGUAACCAAAACUCAAGAGGUUUUUAACUAUUUCCAGGUACGUAAGAGUUUAAUGUGAACAUGUUUAUAUGAUGAUUAGUGCUUUUUAUCUUCUCAUAGACUCUCCUCACUGAUCUCUACAUGUGUUUGAUUAGACUUGUUCUCGUAUUAAUUUGAUGAUGCACUUUCACCGUUAAUGUUUAUUUAGUUGUUGAUUGAUUUCUUGAUCCCGUCUGGGUUUAGGAUGAUUUUCAGAUGUAGAUGCAGCACUGAAUUUAUUUAUUUAAACGUAUCUUUCAUCUCGUUUCCUUGAUUUAUUGUGUGAAAUAUAUUUAAAAGAGCGUUCUUCACGUUUGCACAUUGUUUCUGUAAAUGCACCACAGUCUUCUUCCUAAAUAUUUCUGUGUGACUGAUAUUUUAAUGGGCGUGUCUGUAUUUAAAGUCCAAAUAAAGUUUUGUUUGUUUUUUAUGAUA